CGGCUAAGUCAGUUAACCCUGAAAUAUCGUUGUGAUUGGAAAUUCUCCUGUCGAAAGUAAAAAUGCGUUCCGCGAUUUUGUUUGGACUUAUUGUUUGCCUGGCUCUUAGCCUCGUUGUGGCCCUAAAGGAGUCCGCCAAGCAAUCCAACGACUUGUCGUCGGUGGAGAAGGAUACUGGCAUGGCUGCGAAGCCUUUGAAGCGUGCUAAGAGGAAUUUCCUCUACGGUCCCCUUGGAGCUCCUAUCGGUUAUGGUGGCUUUGGUUAUGGUGCUCCCUACUAUGGUCGUCCCUAUUAUGGAGGUUUCGGACCCUUCUUCGGAGGCAUUGUAGGUUAAAUAUACUACAACUUUUGUCCCACCAAUAAACUGAGCCUGGAAAGUG